CUGCUUCGUUUUUAAGCAGUCCUUCGUUUUCCCUCUCCCUCUAAAGAAAGAUUUCAUUUCAUAUAUCUCCUCAGUCUUCUCUACGUAUAAUCCUCUUCUUCCUCCUUUCUCUCUCCUCUCUCUAUUCCCUUAUUUUCCCCUCCCUUUCCUUUCUCCAUAGCUUUCUUUCACUCCCAUUCUCUCUCUCUCUAGGGUUUCCCAACUCCGUACAGUACCCGCUCGGAGCCCUUUGGUCCGACUUCCUCUCUGUUUCGAGCUUCCGAGCUUGAUCUUUAACCAUGGCAGCAGAGAAGCUCAGGGAUUUGAGCCAACCGAUUGAUGUUCCUUUGCUUGAUGCAACUGUUGCGGCCUUCUAUGGUACUGGAUCUAAGGAAGAGAGAAGUGCUGCAGAUCAAAUUUUAAGGGACCUACAAAAUAAUGCAGACAUGUGGCUGCAGGUUGUGCACAUUUUGCAAAAUACAAAGAACUUAAACACGAAGUUCUUUGCCUUGCAGGUUCUAGAAGGUGUAAUCAAAUAUAGAUGGAAUGCAUUACCGGUUGAGCAAAGAGAUGGAAUGAAGAAUUACAUAUCUGAUGUGAUUGUACAGCUUUCAAGCAAUGAAGCUUCCUUUCGAAUGGAAAGACUGUAUGUCAACAAGCUUAACAUCAUCUUGGUUCAGAUAUUAAAGCAUGAAUGGCCAGCUAAAUGGAGAAGCUUCAUUCCAGAUCUUGUUUCAGCAGCUAGAACUAGCGAAACAAUUUGUGAGAAUUGCAUGGCAAUUUUAAAACUCUUGAGUGAAGAGGUCUUUGAUUUCUCUAGAGGAGAGAUGACGCAACAAAAAAUCAAGGAGCUUAAACAAUCUUUGAACAGCGAGUUUCAACUCAUCCAUGAGUUAUGCUUAUUUGUGCUAUCAGUAUCUCAAAGGACUGAGCUCAUCCGAGCAACGCUAUCAACAUUACAUGCUUUCCUUUCAUGGAUUCCAUUGGGAUAUAUAUUUGAAUCCCCAUUGCUUGAAACAUUACUGAAGUUUUUCCCGGUCCCAUCAUAUCGUAAUCUGACUCUCCAAUGUCUAACGGAGGUGGCAGCUCUUAAUUUUGGGGACUACUACAAUAGGCAGUACAUUGAGAUGUAUACUGUAUUCAUGGGGCGAUUACAGACUAUUCUCCCACCUAGUACAAACAUCCCAGAGGCCUAUGCUCAUGGAUCAAGCGAGGAACAGGCUUUUAUUCAGAACUUGGCACUAUUUUUCACUUCAUUUUACAAGUCGCAUAUUCGAGUUCUGGAAUCCACUCAGGAGAGUAUAGCUGCAUUGCUAAUGGGUCUUGAAUAUCUUAUUAACAUAUCGUAUGUUGACGACAAUGAGGUUUUUAAGGUAUGCUUGGACUAUUGGAACUCCUUGGUCCUAGAACUGUUUGAGGCACACCAUAACAUGGACAAUCCUGCUGUGUCUGCCAACAUGAUGGGAUUACAGGUGCCUUUGCUUUCUGGUGUGGUUGAUGGCCUUGGUUCACAACUCAUGCAGAGGAGGCAGCUUUACGCUGGUCCUAUGUCAAAGUUGAGGAUGCUUAUGAUAUGCCGCAUGGCUAAACCUGAAGAGGUUCUCAUUGUUGAGGAUGAGAACGGUAACAUUGUUCGAGAAACCAUGAAGGACAAUGACGUCCUUGUUCAGUAUAAGAGCAUGCGAGAGACAUUAAUAUAUUUGUCGCACCUUGAUCAUGAUGACACCGAAAAGCAGAUGCUAAAGAAAUUAAGUAGACAACUAAGUGGUGAAGAUUGGUCAUGGAACAACUUAAACACACUAUGCUGGGCAAUUGGGUCUAUCUCUGGUUCCAUGAUGGAAGAUCAGGAAAACAGAUUCUUGGUGAUGGUCAUACGUGAUUUACUGAAUUUAUGUGAAAUCACCAAAGGAAAGGAUAAUAAAGCUGUUAUUGCAAGUAACAUCAUGUAUGUAGUUGGUCAGUAUCCAAGAUUUUUAAGGGCUCACUGGAAGUUCUUGAAAACUGUUGUGAACAAGUUGUUCGAGUUCAUGCACGAAACACAUCCAGGAGUGCAGGAUAUGGCUUGUGACACAUUCUUGAAAAUUGUUCAAAAGUGCAAGCGAAAGUUUGUUAUUGUACAGGUUGGAGAAAGUGAGCCAUUCGUCUCUGAACUUCUUACCAGUCUUCCGACAACAGUAGCUGAUCUUGAGCCUCAUCAAAUUCAUACCUUUUAUGAAUCUGUUGGUAAUAUGAUUCAAGCCGAACCUGAUCCACAGAAGAGAGACGAAUACCUUCAGAGGUUGAUGGAGCUCCCAAACCAGAAAUGGGCUGAAAUUAUUGGUCAGGCACGCCAAAGUGUGGAUUUCCUAAAAGAUCAAGAUAUAAUAAGAACAGUGCUCAAUAUACUACAGACAAAUACAAGCGUUGCCAGUUCUCUUGGAACGUAUUUCUUACCUCAGAUAUCUUUGAUCUUUUUGGAUAUGCUCAAUGUGUACAGAAUGUAUAGUGAGCUUAUAUCAAGUAGCAUUGCUGAAGGAGGGCCCUAUGCAUCUAAAACGUCCUAUGUUAAACUUCUACGAUCAGUGAAGAGGGAAACUCUAAAGCUUAUCGAAACAUUUUUGGACAAGGCUGAAGAUCAACCUCAAAUUGGCAAGCAGUUUGUGCCCCCAAUGAUGGAACCCGUUCUUCUUGAUUACGCUAGGAAUCUCCCAGAUGCUCGUGAAUCAGAAGUCUUGUCUCUUUUUGCUACAAUUAUAAAUAAGUAUAAGAAUACAAUGAUUGAGGAUGUGCCUCGUAUAUUUGAAGCAGUCUUCCAAUGCACGUUGGAGAUGAUUACUAAAAAUUUUGAAGAUUAUCCAGAGCAUCGCCUCAAGUUCUUUUCACUACUACGUGCCAUUGCUACAUAUUGUUUUCCUGCCCUGAUUCGGCUGUCAAGUCAGCAAUUAAAGCUUGUUAUGGAUUCAAUUAUAUGGGCAUUUCGGCAUACAGAGAGGAAUAUUGCUGAAACUGGGCUCAAUCUACUGUUAGAGAUGCUAAAAAAUUUUCAGGCUUCCGAGUUUUGCAAUCAAUUUUAUCGAACAUAUUUCUUGACCAUAGAGCAAGAAAUAUUUGCAGUCUUGACGGACACAUUUCAUAAGCCGGGAUUUAAGUUGCAUGUCUUGGUCCUCCAACACUUGUUUUGCUUGGCGGAGUCUGGUGUAUUAACAGAACCUUUAUGGGAUGCUGCAACUGUAACUUAUCCAUAUCCAAAUAACGUGGCCUUUGUUCGGGAGUACACCAUCAAGCUGCUGAGUUCUUCAUUCCCCAACAUGACUGCAGCAGAAGUCACUCAAUUUGUGAAUGGACUGUUUGACUCGAGAAAUGACCUCUCCGUGUUUAAGAAUCACAUUCGAGACUUUCUGGUGCAAUCCAAAGAAUUUUCAGCACAGGACAACAAAGAUCUUUAUGCUGAAGAGGCAGCUGCUCAGAGGGAAAGAGAUCGGCAACGGAUGCUUUCUAUUCCAGGGCUUAUUGCUCCGAAUGAGAUUCAAGAUGAGAUGGUGGACUCGUAAAUGUGUCUAGUUUCUGUGCAGAAGCAAAAGCUCAUGGACUUUGAUGAGGUUGAAGUGGGCAUAUGAUUUGCAGUCCCCCAAAUCUGUGCAUGUGAGCCAAUACGGAUAUUUUUUGCUAAUUAGUUUUUCCAGUUCUGCAGAAUUUUUCCCCCCACAGAUGGAAGUGAUUUUCUAGAAAAAAGACGCUCAUGGCACGGUGGUAGUUUGACUGCUGAUGAUGGGAAAUUCCUAUAGAUUGAAUGUGGAGUAAGUAUUUACUAUUUAGUUGGCUGAUUUUAGGUUAGAACACAUCAUAGGGAGGUGCGCGAUUUAGUCGCAGGAUCCACGAGCCAGAUUGAUAUUGUAUUGCACUGUUAGAUUGCAAAACAGUUUGAGGGACGAACCAUUUUCUAUCUAAUGAUGAUUCAUCCUAUAGGUGUAACGUAUACGAUUAGGCCUUGGCGCGGGUUGUGCAGAAAUUAUUCCCUUUUGCCUUUUGUUCGUUUGGUUGAGGGUAACUUUUGCUUUUACAAUGUUCUUUUAGGGAAAGUCUUAUAUUUUCAUCGAUACAGAUUCUCUCUACUGGGUUUACAUCUUUCUUGUAUUCAAUUGUGGAUGGCCUCUUUUAUAGGUAUAAUAUUUCUUUCAAUGCC